AUUCGGACUCUGGUCCUGAGCCGACGCCAGAGUAGACCUAACGGUGCCAGAUCGCGGGCCGCCACUUCUAGCCCUGAGUCAAGAGCCGGGGUCUCAGGAGAUCCACGACAGCCUCUGCUGAAGGCGCAGCAUCCUGGACAGGGGUCUGAACAUGAAGCCUCAGCCGCAGAGAGGCCAUAGUGCCGAUGCCGACACCCACGCGGUCAUAGAGGGCUUCCUCAGGCUGGGGGUCAAGGAGAAUUGGGAAGAAGCGCACGAGGCCGAGCCCGCGAAGAUCUCGCUUCCUAGAGAGAGGGGAGAGGAGCCGAAGGCUCAGUCCGAAACUGAGCAGGGAGCAGCCGCGGAGGGGAAAGAGGCAGGAUAUGAAGGAGAAGAACAGGAAGGCGGCGCUGUGGGCGCGGGAGAUGCGGGCCCCCAGGAGGGGGAAAGCCGCGAGGCCAAGGCUGAGGUGGAGGCUGAGGCGGGCGCGGGCGGCGGCGAAGACGGAGAGAAGGGCGGGGAGGAGCAGCGCCCGGGAGCCGCCGUCGAGCUUCAGAAGGCGGCAGACGGGCUCGGCCGAGUCCGCCCGCACGCCUUCACGCUGGAGCAGCUGUGGGAGUUGGAGGGAGUUUUCCGCCGCACUCCGUAUGUCGACGAAGCCAUGCAACAGGAGCUUGCAAGACGCAUGGGAGUGACUCAAGAUAGAAUACAGGUGUGGUUUAAGCGUAGAAGGAUCAUGUGGAGGAACUGUCGGAGAGCACUGAGGAUCAGAGAUGCGCCCGCUCUGCACGUGGCCCACCCUGUGUUCAGCAACUGGGGUGGACCCUGCAACACCAUCCUCAUUCAGGAGCCGAAUUGGGUCUGGAUCCUUCUGGAGCCGAUGCCCCUGGAGCCGAUGCCCCUGGAGCUGACGCCCGUGCUGCCCAUGCCCCCCAUGCUGGCCUUCCUGCCCAUGCCGUUACCCCCUCUGUUUCUGCCUCUGCCCUGGGUUCUACCACCCUCCAUUCAGUCCGGCUGCCCUCACGUGGCCUUGCCUGGUCCCCUAUCACCGGUGGCCUUUCUGUAGCCCCAUUUCCUCUUGAAUGGUCUCCAUGACAGCUUUGUCAAAAGUGCCUUUGAGCCAGAUUGAAGUUCUGAUACCUCACCAUCAAGCACACAGUGCCUGCCAAGCGUGUUACAUACACGUGCCGAGUCACUGACCCACUAUUUUAGGGCACGUUUUCUGUGUUUUCAAU